AUGUUGUCGCAGCAGUUGAACGCGAAAAGACAGGCCUCGUGGCAGAUCUAUCAGAUAUAUAGAAAUGUGGCCAGCAAAACGACUCUUGCCCAGGAAACGAUAAGCUUGGAGCAGGCCAAACCCUACGCGGAGGUGCCGGGUCCGAGCAAAUUCCAGAUGAUACGAGCUUUUAUGCCGGGCGGCCGCUACAAAAAUGCACCCGCCCAUGAAAUGUUUCUGGAUCUGAGCCGACAGUUUGGUGGCCUCUUCCGGAUGCCCAGUAUUGCGGGUACCGACAUGGUCUUGACCAUGAAUCCCCAAGAUUAUGCGACGGUCUUUCGCAAUGAGGGCCAGUGGCCAUAUAGACGGAGCUUCACGACUGUUGAGUAUUUCAGGAAGGUCCGCAGACCGGAGGUGUUCGGCGAGUACGAUGGCUUGGUCUCUGGGAAUGGUGCCGCAUGGGGCAAGAUGCGAACAGCGGUAAACCCGAUCCUCCUGCAGCCCCGCAAUGCAAAACUCUACUUGAAGAACCUGGUGCAGGUCAGCGAUGAGUUUCUGGAGCGCAUUCGCCUUAUCCGUGAUCCGGUUAGCCAGGAGAUGCCAGAUGACUUUACCGAGGACAUUCGUAACUUGGUGAUCGAAUCUAUAGGCUCGGUGGCUCUCAAUACCCAUCUGGGUCUGCUGGGGGAGAACCGGUACAGCGACGAGGCCAAUCAGCUAAAAGCUGCCCUGAAAGACUUCGUGGAGCUGGGCUUCCAGCUGGACAUGAUGCCGGCCAUCUGGAAGUAUCUGCCAGUGCCAAAGUUUAAUCAGCUGAUGCGUUCCCUGGACACCAUCACGGACUUCUGCUGCACCCACAUUGAGCAGGCACUGCAGCGGAUCGAGGAAGACGUUAAAGCAGGCAAAAUGAGCCCCGAGAUGGGAAUGGAGGCUAGUCUGCUGGAGAAAUUGUCUCGCUUCGAUCGCCAAACGGCUGUGAUCAUCGCCAUGGACUUCCUCUUUGCUGGAACAGAUCCAACCCUUGUAAGCCUGGUUGGCAUUCUGCUCAGCCUGGCCAAGAAUCCAGACAAGCAGGCUCGCCUGCUCGAGGAGAUCAACCAGAUACUGCCGGCCAAAGACUCGCCCCUGACCAUUGAGAACAUGAGUAAUCUGCCCUACCUGCGCGCCUGCAUCAAGGAGGGCAUUCGCCUCUACCCCAUUGGCCCCGGCACCGUACGCCGCAUGCCCCACGACGUGGUGCUUAGUGGCUAUCGUAUCGUUGCCGGCACCGAUGUGGCCAUAGCGGCCAACUAUCAGAUGGCCAACAUGGAGGAGUACGUUCCCAGGGUGCGGGAGUUCCUGCCGGAGCGCUGGCUGCGUGACGAAUCCAACUCUAAGCUAGUGGGAGACACGGCCACGCCUUUCAUGUAUCUGCCCUUCGGGUUCGGGCCGCGUGCCUGCGCCGGCAAGCGGAUUGUGGACAUGAUGCUGGAGAUAGGAGUCGCCCGGCUUGUGAGGAACUUCGAGAUUGGCUUCGACUAUCCCAUCGAGAAUGCCUUCAAGACCCAGUUCUUUGUCCAGCCCAAUAUUCCCUUCAAGUUUAAGUUUGUGGAGCGUACAGCGUAGUGAGGAUACGGAUAAGUAUGAAAUGACCAAAUAAAUGCACUUCACAGCCAGCUAAA